AUGUCCCCGACUUUAAUCGAUCUGCCAUCUGAGAUCCUUAUCCUCAUUAUACAAUAUGUUCUACAAGAUCCUCCGCUUCCGCCUGUAGAGCCAUGCGAGACCAACCGAAUCGUCUUCAAAGACAUGAGAGGACAGGCAUGGCAAGGCGGCUGUGGAAAGGUCUUCCACGAACAACGUUUUUUGCAUGCGCUUUCCGGUCGCCUACCCUUGCUUUUGACGAAUCGUCAACUUUCCAUUAUGACAAAGUGGGUCUGGGGGCGAUUUGAUAAGGACCACGUCCUAGACAUCGCUCUUCGCGACGAUCUAGACCUUUUCCCGACCUGGGUAUGCAUCCCGGCUAAAACAAAUCGAAUCAAGGUUCUAGCGGUAGACAUUCGUCUAAUGGGGCAUGUCAUUUCUCCAGACAAGGCCAGGAGACAGACCAGGGACGACGGAUCGAGGGGAUUUCAUUGGAGCUUUUACAGACUUCUAGAAAGGUUCUUGUGUUAUGGUGCUGCUGGUGAAAUGAGAGAUGCUGAGACUCAAGAGGACGACACAAGCCUUACAUCUACUACUUCUUUAUCGGAAACAUACCCUGAGCCGACUUACGAGGAUCGCGAUGUCACUGUACAAACACUCGUCAUCGAUGUUACAUCUGCGGCUACAGGGUUUCAAUUCCCACCGGAUGACCCUGACAAUAUAUGGAACUUGCGGUGGUUUCAUCAACAUAGGGGCGAGAUUUACGAUGGACUGGAUGGCUACGCAACACGACCUGAGUGGGUGGCAGGAACGCUUGCCAGGAAGCUUUCCCAGCUUCUUUCAAUGACCUACCACACGGCUCAACAUGGACAAAUUAUGUAUGAAAGGGUCGGAAAAAUUCAUCUUCUUGUCAAUGGUAAAGUGAGGUGGGAGUUCAAUCUUUCAAAGAAGCUUCGUGAGUUGCACUUUGAAAAUCCUAAUGAUACAUUUGGGAAUCUAGACACCCGUGAUAGGAUUGACUUUUUCCAACGGUGGAAGGAGGAUACACUUCAACGACGACAGGAUCUAGGACUUUCAGAUUAG